ACUCAAUUGGGAAGCUUGUUAUCCAUAAAUUUAUCAAAUCAAUCAAUCGCAUCUCAAAUAGCUUCAUUACAAAUAGAAUUACAAUCAAAUCAAUUAGAUAUAGACCAAUUAGUUGAGCAACAAUCUUAUUUCGAUGGUGAUUGGAAUGCAUUUACUUCAAUAGUCACAUCAUAUUUGAAAUUUGCUAAAGAUGUUGAACCAAAUUCAAUAUUGAAAAGUCAUGAUUUAUUACUAAAUUAUUAUAAUGAUUUAUCAAUUGGAUUUUUAAAUAAUUCAUUUGGGAACCAUCUUAGUGUGUUGAUUUAUGAAACUACCAAAAUUUUAGUACCCAUGAUGAAAAAAAUUGAUAAAUAUUUAAAUUUAUUAAACAAUGGUAAAAAAUUCAAAAGAUUAAUAUUUAUUUCAACAAUAUUAACCAAAAUUUUCAAUCAUUUAAGAUCCUUAAAAGGUGAUUCAAAUAAAAAAAAUCUAAUAAUAUUCAUUGUUAAUAAUCUAAACAAGAUUUAUUUCAUCAUUAAUAGUCCUUUAUUAUGUGCAAAUAUCUUUGCCAAUAUGAAUUUAUUAAAUUUAAAUUUCAACAAAUAUCCAAAAUCUCAACAAAUUGAGUAUAGAUACAUCUUGGGAAGGUAUUAUAUGAUUAAAAAUCAAUUAUACAAGGCUUAUCAUCAUUUAAAUUGGAGUUAUAUGAAUUCUCACAAGGUGUAUAAUCCACAAAACACUAUAAGGAUUCUAAGAUAUUUAAUACCAAUUUCAAUUUUAAUUGGUAAAAUCCCAAGUUUACAAAUAUUAAACAUAUCAAUUGAAUUUCAACAAAACUACAUCCCAUUGAUUAAAUAUUUAAAACAGGGAAACCAUUUACAAUUCCAAAAAACUUUAUAUGAUAACCAACUUUAUUUCAAAUCAAAAUUCAUAUUAAUUUUAUUAAUUCAAAGAUCAAAAGUACUCAUAUUUAGAAACCUAUUUUAUAAAAUCAUGACAAUAACACAAUCCACCAGGUUUAGCUAUGAUGAACUAGCAACAAGUCUUUUAAAAUCCAUUGGCACUCAACAACAACAAUCACAAACGUUGGGGAAUGAUUCAAUAAUGUAUCAAAUUUUAAAUGAACCUAUAGAUGAUUUAUUUGUGGAAAAUGUGUGUGUUUCAUUAAUAGAGAAUGAUUUAAUCCGGGGGAAUGUGCUCUCGAGGGCUAGGACUUUGGUCCUAUCUAAAAAAGAACCAUUUACUGAUAUUCCAAUGGUUUUUAAAAGGAAAUUUGGUGUAAAUUCAAGUGAAAAUUGGAUG